AUGGACGGGGCAGUAAAGCUCGUGUGCUCCUCCUUCCUCAACCUCCCCCCUCCUCUCUGCCAUCGCCUCUCCCCCUUCCCCUCCCUCCCCCCCCUCAUCGCCUCUCCCCCUUCCCCUCCCUCCCCCCCCUCAUCGCCUCUCCCCCUUCCCCUCCCUCCCCCCCCUCAUCGCCUCUCCCCCUUCCCCUCCCUCCCCCCCCUCAUCGCCUCUCCCCCUUCCCCUCCCUCCCCCCCCUCAUCGCCUCUCCCCCUUCCCCUCCCUCCCCCCCCUCAUCGCCUCUCCCCCUUCCCCUCCCUCCCCCCCCUCAUCGCCUCUCCCCCUUCCCCCCUCUCCGCUCCUCUCUUCCAUCUCAUCUCUCUUUUCCCCCCUCGUUAUUGUCACAUCCAGCUAUGGCCUUGGAUGAAGGACGUGUGCAAGGAGACAUCGGCCUUUGGCGGCGUGCCAUGCAACCCGCCAGAGGGGGAGGAAGCGGGGGAGCCGGUGGAGAAGGAGGGGGAGGAAGCGGGGGAGCCGGUGGAGAAGGAGGGGGAGGCGGAAAGCGAGGCGGGAGGCGGAGGGGGGAGCAGCGGCGGUUCAAGGGGGACCUUGCAGGCGGGCUGUUGCGGCAUGGUGCAAGAUGGUUCUGCGAUCGAUGGGGAUGGUGAUGGCAGUGUUGCUGUUGCUGCUGCUGCGGAUGAUAGUGCCAGUAGCGGUGGUGGUAGCAGCAGUAACGAAGGGGGAGACAGGGACUGGUUCACGAGGGAGUGGGGGCACAGCGGUAUGGUGCAAAAUGGUGCUGCGACCGAUGGGGGUGAUGGUGGUGGUAGUGAUAGUGAUGGUGGGAAUGCUGAUGCUGAUGGGAGAGUUGCUGUUGCCGCAGCUGUGGAUGAUAGUGCUAGUAGCGGUGGUGAUAGCAGCAGCAGGGAAGGGGAAGACAGGGACUGGUUUCUGAAGGACUGGGGGCGCAGCGGUAUGGUGCAAGAUACUGCUGAGAUCGAUAGGGAUGAUGGUGAUGGUGGUGCUGAUGGCCGUGUUGUUGUUGCCGCUGCUGUGGAUGAUAGUGCUAGUAGCGGUGGUGGUAGCAGCAGCGGGGAAGGGGAAAACAGGGACUGGUUCACGAGGGAGUGGGGGCACAGUGGGCUGACCCCUCAACCCCGGUCAACGGAGUCAACGGGGUCAACAGACAGCAGCUUUGACCUGGGGCAUUUCGCUUGGCCUUUGGAUGGUUCGAUUGGGGCGCAUGGUGGUGGUGAUGCUUAUAUCGAGGAUGGUUCUGGUGGGCAGCUUGAUGCUGCUGCUGCUGCUGAUGGGGUUGACGUUACAGAGAGUAAAGGAGGUGACUAUAACGAGGAUGUGAUUAAAGAGGAGAGAGAUGAAAACGAGAACGAGACUGAACAGGACCGUGACUAUAUGGCUCUUGCUGCCAAGGACGUCUCGUUUGCACUCAUUCCACGUGGCAGCAGCUCAUUGGACGAGACGAGAGGAGGGAAAGGGGGAAAGGGAGAGUGGAACAAGGAAGGGGCAGGGGAGGAGGGAGGUGUAGGGGGAGCAAAGGAAGGGAGUGUGAAGGGAGCAAAGGGAGGGAAGAUCGACGGAGCAGAGGGCCGGAGGGUGGAGGGAGCAGCAGCAGGGAGGGUUGAGGGAGCAGCGGCAGCAGGUGGAGGGUUCAAGCGCCAUCCUAACACACCCAUGCAACCACAACGCAGCAGCAGCAGCAGCAACAGCAGCAGCAGCAGCAGCAGCAGCAAACAAAGCAGCGGACAAGGCAGCAGAGGUGCUACGAAACAACGCUCGCCGGCCAUGCUCAAAGGCCCCGUCCCAUUCCCAUUCACCAUCCAGCCGCCCACAACCAACCCCAUGGCCGGCAUUCUGACAUGGCCCGUCACAUCCGUCAAAAACAGCAACAGUGCCGGCGACACCUCACCCCCCUCGUCCUCCCAACCCCCCUCCCCCGCUCGCCAGCCCUCUGCCAAACGCCCGAAAGGCGGCUGCACAAGCCUACGAGCCGUCUACGUCCUAAACAUCACAACUCCAGCUGAUUUCAACCUCCGGUUACAAAUCCCUCCCAACGUCACUGUCGUUAUGUACCUUCAAAACAACCUAGUUCUCUCCUCGGGGCUCGUUUUCGGUGUGGGGUUUUCGUGCUCGCUGCUCAUGUCAACAGUAGGGAUGUGGCCGGGGUAUACUAUUGAGUAUUCCGGGAGUGACAUGCCGGCUUUUAAGGUGGAGAAUGCGAGUAACAUCGUGUCGGUGAAUGUGAAUUGGAAGGUGGGGGUGGCGCCGGGGUCGGCGGCGUGUGUGGGGUUUCAAGGGGCGGACAAGACGUCGGUUUGCCCGGCGAUUGCCAUUCACCGAUCGUACGGCGUGCAAGUUGGAGCGGUGAGAAUCGCCCUCCCACCGUCUCUUCUUCCCUCCCCCUUCUCUCUCUUUUGGGGUUUCAAGGGGCGGACAAGACGUGGGGUAGACGUGGUUCGAAGCAUGAACGUGAGGGCCGAUUCACUUAAGUUCACAGCGCCAUCCCUCCCCUCCAUCGCCUCUCCCGCCCACAUCCGCGUCGCUCUUUCUCCGGCAUCGGCCCGGUAUGGUGGCACUGUGUACGGCCGAGUGGACGUGGUGAGGAGCAUGAACGGCACAGUCUACGGCAGGGUGGACGUGGUGAGGAGCAUGAACGUGAGAGUCGAUUCCCUCGAGAUCACAGCGCCAUCCCUCCCCUCCGUCGCCUCCCCCGCCCACAUCCGCGUGGCCCUAUCCGGCAUCGGCCCAUCCCUCCUCAAAUCCAACGUGCUUAUAACGAAUAACGAGGUGUACAACGCGCGGAUCGGCAUAGUCCUGCACCGGGGCGCCGUGGGGGUGGCGGUGGCGAGUAACUACGUGCACGGGUUCACAGGCGCGGGGAUCAUGUGUGGCGCCGGGCCAAGAUUCGUGGGAGACUGCAUGCUUGUGAAUGUCUCCAACAACGUUGUCCAAGCUCCCUGGGGUGCCAUGCCUGGCGCUGGGAAAGCGAUUGGAAUCGUGUUCUCGACACACUGGAUCAACCCAGGCAACGUUGCUUCCUGCAACUACGUUGUCAACGGCGCGCUCUGUUAUGACCUGGACGCCCAGUCAUCGGGUGUUUUGGUGCAGGGAGGCGCGUGCAUGUACGCGAAACAAGGCGUGAGGAUCAACAACGGCAAGAUGAACGUUGUGAAGCAUGUGAUUAUGAAUGAAGUGCCGGGAACUGCAGGAUCCAUCGCCUGCCCUACAGUUACCACUGUAAACUGUCUCAAGAAGCCGGGGUCCUAUUGGGAGGCGAUGCGGCUCAAAUACUACAACUCAGCCGCUAUAAACACU